AUGAGCUAUCAAAAGUCGCAAGGCGCCGUCAGCGCGGCGCCGGCUGCUGGACUUGAACAAGGAUACACGCAAUGCGCAUCGCAUCCGCAGUACCAGAAACUGCAGCAGCAGCAUCAGUACUCGCGCUACCAGCAGCCGCAGCGGUACGACCCUCACCACCAGCAUGUGUACUACCAGCAGCAGUGCCAUGGGGGGGCCCCCAACGGAGCCGCUAAACAAGCAGCAGCAGCAGCUGCUGCUGCAGCGGCAGCGGCCCCUGAAUCUCCCGCCCCCUGUAGCUCAGCUCAGCAGCCGCCGCGGACUGUACAGCCUCCCGCGUCGCAGCAUCAGCACCGACAUCAGGAGCACGAGCAGCAACGGAAGAACCCCCAUGCCGUGAAGCCCACCCGCAUGCCGCAUCCUCUGACAGACUGGCAGUUGCCUGAGCGAUAUGAACUGCACCAUCUUAUAGGAACAGGGUCUUACGGCCAUGUGUGUGAGGUGUACGACAACCAAGAGCAGCGGAUUGUGGCAAUUAAGAAGAUUCACCGCGUCUUUGAGGACUUGAUUGACUGCAAACGAAUUCUUAGGGAGAUCGCAAUAUUAAACAGACUAAACCACGAUCAUAUCGUUAAAAUAUUGGACAUCCUCGUGCCUAACGACCUCGAAAAGUUCGAUGAGAUGUACGUUGUCUUAGAGAUCGCGGAUUCCGAUUUUAAGAAGCUGUUUCGCGCGCCAGUUUAUCUGACGGAGUUGCACAUUAAAACGCUUCUGUAUAAUCUUCUCGUUGGGGUUAAAUAUGUUCACUCUGCGGGGAUUCUUCAUCGUGAUCUCAAGCCAGCGAACUGUUUAGUGAACCAGGACUGCAGCGUGAAGGUGUGCGACUUUGGGCUGGCGCGAACGAUGGACUUCCCCGAAAGACAAAACAGCCACUGCCCCGUCACACAGCAGCACGACGACAUCGUCAGCGUCUCCCACACCAAAAACCUUAAGAGACAGCUCACUGGCCACGUUGUGACGAGAUGGUACAGAGCGCCUGAGUUGAUAUUAUUGGCUGAGAAUUACACGGAGGCCAUCGACGUUUGGUCUAUCGGCUGUAUCUUCUCGGAGUUGUUGUCGAUGAUUGAAGAAAACGUGGAGUCGCACUGCGACAGGGGGCCCCUCUUCCCCGGUUCUUCUUGCUUUCCCCUCUCGCCAGACCAGAAGAAUGGAGAUGACUCACGGUUGCAGACGCGCGGCAACAAGGACCAAUUGAAUGUCAUAUUCAACGUGCUGGGAACUCCAACAGAAGAAGAAAUCGAAGCUUUGGAAUCAAACGAGGCCAAACAAUACAUCCGCACUUUCCCCCCCAAAGAGGCGCACGACUUAGCUGAGCGCUUUUCCGCUUCUUCUCCCGAGGCUUUAAAUUUGCUCAAGCGGAUGUUGGUAUUCAACCCGAAAAGACGAAUUUCUGUGGACGAGUGCCUGGCGCAUCCAUUCUUCAAAGAAGUGCGAAAUCCCGCCAUCGAGGUCACCGCCAAUGAGAAAGUGCGACUUCCGUUUAACGACUGGGCCAAUAUGGAUGAGCCUCAGCUGCGUCUCGGAUUCCUACGGGAAAUGCAAAGAUUUCAUCCGAACCUGCAGCUGCCCAAGACCCUCCUGGAAAGAGCGAAGAUGUGCUCCUGA